AUGAAGUUCUUUGCACUCAGCGCUUUCCUGCUCCUUGCCAUUGUGGCAGUCCAAGGAAAUCCCGGUGGACACGGCGGGUUCGGAGGACACGGUGGCCACGGAGGACACGGUGGCUUCGGAGGACGCGGUGGCCUCGGAGGACCCGGUGGCUUCGGAGGACCCGGUGGCUACGGAGGACCCGGUGGCUACGGAGGACCCGGUGGCUACGGCGGUGGCGGUGGAGGCGCAGUAGCCACUGCCAACGCUAAUGCAAACGCCAACGCAGGUGGAUUCGGUUCCAAUUACUACGGAUAA